AUGUUCCAUCAGAUACGCAUCAAACCUGAGGACCGUCACUCGCAGAGGUUCAUUUUCCGAUUCGACCCAAAAGAUACUCCUGACGUGUAUCUGAUGAAUGUGGCGAUAUUCGGUGCUUGCUGCUCUCCCUGUUCAGCUCAACAUGUCAUGCAUCGAAACGCCGACGAAUGGGCCAAUGAUUUUCCCGAAGCAGCAGCGGCUAUAAAAGCCAAAACCUUCAUGGACGACUAUUAUGACAGCGCUGAUUCUCCAGAAGAAGCUGCGGAACGAGCGAUGCAAGUUAGAGCACUGCACGCUAAAGCCGGAUUUAACAUGCAAAAGUGGGUAAGCAAUAGCCGUGAAGUAUUGAUAAAACUUGGCGAGGUUCCAAGCCAAGAUCAACCCCCUUUAGCAUUAGGACAGGACCAAGAAGUGGAACGUGUCCUAGGCGUUAUGUGGGAUUCGAAAGAAGACAUGCUUUUAUUUUCUGCUGAUUUCCGGAAUGAGUAUGGCGUACUUAGAAUGGAAGGACGAAACGCCAAUGCGAACUAUGCUACCUUUGAUGCACGAUUUCCGAUCAUACUGAAAAGAGAUCAUCCGAUCACAAUCAGACUCUUAGAACAUUACCACAAUCAACUCGGCCAUUUUAAUAAGGAAACGGUAGUUAAUGAAGUGAGACAAAGAUUUGAAAUUGCACACCUUCGAGUAGCAGUCGAUAAAGUGUUUAGAGAUUGCCAAUGGUGUAAAAUGCUUAAAUGUAAACCUAAACCACCCCGAAUGGCGCCACUGCCAAUUCAACGUCUAACACCACACCUCAAACCUUUUAGUUAUGUUGGCAUCAACUACAUGGGGCCGCUGGACGUUACAGUUGGAAGACGUAAAGAAAAAAGAUAUGUAGCUGUAUUCACGUGUUUAGUGAUUAGAGCUGUACACUUAGAAGUGGCGUAUAACUUAUCAACAGAAUCGUGUAUAUUGGCGAUAAGACGAUUUGUGCGCCGCAGAGGUUCUCCAGUGGAGAUAUUUACAGAUAACGGCACAAAUUUCGUUGGUGCUAGCCGAGAGUUGCAGAGGCAAAUCGAGCAGAUUAAUGUUAAAUGUGCUACAACAUUCACUAACGCUAAGACGAAAUGGUCCUUCAAUCCUCCCGCAGCCCCACACAUGGGGGGUGUAUGGGAGCGCAUGGUUAGGAGUGUCAAAGAAGCUAUGAAGGGUCUCGACGACGGAAGGCAAUUAACCGAUGAAAUUUUAGCUACCGUGCUUUGCGAAUCAGAAGGAUUGAUAAAUACGCGACCGCUUACAUACAUGGGCCAAGGUUCGGCUGAAGGUGAGGCACUCACGCCAAACCAUUUCCUGAUCGGCAGCUCGUCGGGAACCAGCGACCCUCAAAAUGCACCUGUUAGCUUGGCUGAAGCGUUGAGAGACAGCUAUAAAAGGGCCCAGUAUCUCACUAAUUUAGCUUGGGAACGAUGGCUUAAAGAAUAUUUUCCUUCAGUUAAUAGGCGCACGAGAUGGUUUGAUGAAGUACGGUCCGUGAAGGUUGGUGAUUUGGUUUAUGUAGCGGAAGGUAAACGUAGAUCCUGGAUACGUGGAAAAGUUGCAGCGGUAGUAGUUGGAACUGACGGAAGGGUGAGACAAGCAGUAGUGGAGACAGCCACUGGUAAAAUAAAGCGCCCAGUAGUGAAUCUUGCACUGAUGGAUGUUGAUGAUUCCGGAAGAUCUUCACCGGAGUCACGGGGUGGGGGAUGUUCUGGCAGCACGGUGGAAUCUGCGCUGUCAUACGAACUCAAUUGA